AUGGGCUGUACACCUUCCCACAGUGAGAUUGCUAACCAUGUUGCAAAAACUGGAACUAAUCCUUUGAAUAAACCCAAAGGUAUCCUGCCUGUCGAUCCUGCAGAGGAAGCAUUUUCAAUUCCAUUGCUGGUCAAAGGCUCCUCUUGUUAUGAUACUGACAAGUUCCCUCAGAGAGGGUCUCUGGGGAAAGAUCACCAGCUGGAAAAGGAGGAGAAAACAUCAGAGCUGAUCAAAAAUGUUAACUUCCAUUUGUCAUCUGAGGAUCUCUCUCUUUCUGAGAUUCAUGAGGAAGAGAAGAAGAUUGAGAGGACAGCCACAGAGGCUGAAAUAGCCAUGUCUGAACUGAUUGAGUCUCAAAAACAUAUAGCAGAAGACAUACAGAUCAAAAAGCAAAGCUCCUGCGAAUCAGAGGCAACAGCUUUCACUUGGGAUGACAAGAAUGAAAGCAAUGCAAAGCAAACCCCAAAGAAAGGGAAGAAGCAAAAAAGCCAUAAACCAGCAAAACACGGUCAUCUUUGCAAACCCAAAGAAAAAUCUACCCCACCUAGAAGCAAGACUGAGAAAAAGGUGGAUUUCCCAAAUCAGCUUGUUAAGGCUCAUCAAAAUGCUUAUGCCUACCUAAAUCCCAGCCUCUCCAAAUAUGAAACUAUCCUAUGUAUGGCCAAUCAGGCUACCCAAACUCAGCUGCUUUUACAGCAGAUGGUGAGCUUUCUAGUGUUCCGCUUUGAUGAAAUCAACCAGCUCUUGGAAGAAAUUGCCAAUGAUGGGGAAGAGCUCCUCAAAGAGGUGGGAGGGAAUCUGGCUUGGCCAGCUGGAAAGGGGGAUCCAAAAGAGCAGCCAGAUCUUCUGCAGCAGUUAUUGCAGUAUACAGUCAACAAAAUGCAGCUGCUAAAUGGAACAGUGGCUUCCCUAACCUCCAGUGCCCUGCAGGAGACAUGGAGCUACUUACAAUCUGCAGCCAACAACUUGGAAGAAAAACUGAAAGCAAAACAAGGCUUUGAUGAACGCCUGCUAAGGGCAAUAAAAUUGCUUGAAGCCUCUGCAGUGAUCUCCUCUCAGGCCCAUGCUGAUGAUAGGACUCUGUAUUCAGAAGACAGUGGCAUUGGUGCAGACAAUGAAUCUAUCAAAGAGUUCAAUUCCCUUGAUAAACUUGGAAGGCAAACAAGCUGCGAUUCUUGUGCACAUGAUCAUCCAUCUCAGAAACACACCAGAAUACCAGGAGAACAUCAGUGUAACGGCACAUUGUUGUCUGGUACAACUAGAUCCCAUGACUGUGCACUUGAAAGGCAUUUUAAGGAUAUAUUUUACCCAUCUGUACACAGCAAAGGAACAACUUCUUCCCUUGGGGCAACACCAGAAAAUGUUUCCACCAGGCUCCAAUGCUCAGAUGUGACCAAAAGUCCUUCUUUUAAUUCCCUCCAGUCUGAUGCCGCCCAGGAAGGUGAAGAUUUCAAAGACUGCGAAUCAAUGGAUUCUCCUUCUGCAAAUGAAGAGGAAGAGAGUACCCCAGAGGAGGAUGACAAUGAUAAUAUAAGUCUAUCAGAAAUGGGGAAGAAUGCCCUGCCCAGAAGGCCAAUGUCUUCACCUGCAGUAACAGAUAAAACAAGGAGGCCAUCCAUCAAAAGGAUAGAAAAUCCAGAGAAUGAGGAGAUGAUACUGAAGAUGAAAGAUGCAAUCAGUGAAAAAAUCAAGUUUGUCCCAACUAAAUGUGGACAAAAGGAGUGGACAGAAGAUGAAGGUGUAAAAGCAGCCCUAACAGCAAGACCCAGUACAGCAAGUGGUAGCCAGAAAACCUUAGUUAAACAAAGAAGGUCCAGGUCCGAGGAAUCCCUCAGGAGCCGUGCAGAAGACCCAACCCUUUUAGAACUUCAAAGGACCCAAAAAGAUCUCGACAAAAGAUUAGAAACAUUUUAUAUGCUUAAUGGGAACAAAGAAAUAGAUGGCAAGCAGGAGAUCCCGAAGCCAAGAGCAGCAGCUUACAUGCAGGACACUGAACAUGUUACACCCAGAUCUUCUACCAAGAAACUUAAAGCAUCCCUCUCUAAAAACUUCAGCAUAUUGCCUAAUCAGGAUAAGGUCCCUUUACAUAAAUCCGAGCAAAACAUCAUCAGUCAUCCAGAUGAGAGAAGGAGUAGGAAGCCUAUAAAAGCCACCACAUCCACACAGGAUUUAUCAUACAGGAAAGAAAAUGAGCCACCUGGGAUAGAGAAAAUCAACAGUAGUGGCUGUGCGCCUCGUAAAUCUGUCAAGAAACUCAUUGAAACUUUUAGUCCUUCCGAAGGCCUUGUGAAACCUACACAUUUAAGAACUUUAGGACCAAUAAAAUGCAUCAGAAAGUUUGGACUUCCAGUGAUUCCUCCCACCAUUCCCCUUCAGAGAGCCCUGGCACCUUUAAUUCACAAGCAUCGUGUUUCACCAAUAGGAGUCAUAAACCUUCCAAACACAAAUGCAUCCCACUGUAACUUUCCAACUGCCUUUCCACCUGUUGCAGAAUUAAGCAGAAGUGACACAAAUGAGGAAACUGAUGAAGACUUGGAGAACCUGCCACCACCACCUCCUGAAAUGCUAAUGGACAGUUCUUUUGACUUAUGUGAGUCUGAAGAAAGCACAGUAAUGGAAGAAAACUCUUCAGACGUUGCCAAAAAGCCUGCCAAAACAGAGCUUCACGCUACAAAGAGAAUGCACAUUUCUCCAAAGAUAAAAGCAUCUCUACAUUCCAUUGACUUAUUACCAAGUAAAAAUAUCAACAGCCCCAACAUGAUUGCCAGUAAAGUACUAAGAAACACUGGGGUGGACUCCAAAUUUAGAAAAUAUUCAUUGGAGAUGAAUUCUACCAACAUGUUCAUCCACAGCCGAGAGGGUAAAUUAGCAUCCCAAAGGGACAAUGAAAUGAAAGGGGCUGCAGAUUUGUAUAAGCAAUCACAUAAAAUAAUACCUCUUCAAAAUCCCAGUGGAGUUUCAAAACAGAACAGAAACUGCUCAGAAAGUAAAGAGCCUGGCACAAAUUUAGCAUCUGUGCAAAACCAAAAGCAAAUUUAUCCUGAUUCACUCGGGAGAAAUGAGAAAAGUCCAGCUUUUGUCAGAAGAAUUUCCCCAACAAGAACAGCUCCUUCUUCUCCACCCACCGAGAAACGACUCUCAAGUCCAUCUGCAUAUCCCAGACACAUUCUGCCAACUUUUAACCACUUCCCUCCUACUCACAGGCAACCUAGUCCCCCAGCUAACCCCAGAGUAUCAAGCCCUCCAAUGCAAAAGAAGCUGCCUUCUUCACCAAACCAACGAAAACUUCCUAGCCCUCCAGUGGGGUGCAAACAAAGCCCACCAGCUCAGCGGAAGGUCUCAAGCCCACCUGCUCAGUGCAGAGAGGCAAGUCCACCUCCCUUCUGCACCACCCCUUCUCCGCCAGCCUCUCCUUCACGGUCACACAAAGUACUACAAAACAGUUUGGAUUCUGGUGAUGAGCAACAGCUUUCUCCACCAAAGAUUGCCACUAAUGCACAUUCAAUAUUUUGCCCAGCAAUUCCUUCUUUAUUUGAAGCCAAGCCUCCAUCACCACCUAGCAACUGCACUACAGAGGUCGCAGGCCAGCCAGAAGUUUCAGCUUUUGCCCAGAAAAACAGUGUGCUGCUCAGGCAGUGUGGAGAUCAGCAGAAGAGGAUGGCUCUGAGUGCUGCCAACCCUCAGCCUUUCAUAAAGAGAAGUUUCUCUGACCGCAGACCAGGAGUUUACCUUCAACUUCCAGCUCCUGUCUCAGCAGGCAGUGAACCUCUACUUAACCAAGCAAGCAUGGAGGAGAGCCCUAGAAAGGAGGGCGAUUCCUGGAACAGCACAUGCUUCUCUGAGUUCAAGGGAUCCAGCAGGUCUGCUUCUCACCCUGAACUCUACAUUGUGGGUCAGGGGCUCCACAGGGAGUGA